AUGAAGAGCGAGCAGAAGCUUUGGAGGAGCAUACGGAACUUGUUCCGCAACAAACAGAACGAGUAUGAACGACGCAAAGCGCAGAUGGAGAAGAGCUACGAGGAGCAGAAGCAGUUAGUAGAAGAAAUGAAGCAGCAAGAAGCAGCCACCACUGAAAUGAUUCAAUCACUGGAAAACCAAAUAGCUGAAGCUGAAAGUCAACUAUCGGCAAUUGACAGUGACGAUGCAGAUGGAGGAGUAGCUCGACUAAAGGCUGAACUGGAAGAAGCACAGCAGCAGAUCGAACAGCACACUCAACGAAGUGGGAACAACACAGAUUUGGCUGUAGCGCGAAAUCGGAUGGCAAUGUGGCGCGGACUUCUGACAAUGUUCGAGACAAAACUUGCGAUUUCUAAUGAGAAAGUAAAGAUGAUGUAA